AUGUCUUUUGAGAAGCGUGUUAACGACUUGUUGGAGGAGAACAGCAUACUACGCACGUAUAUUGCAGAAAUAGAGCUGGAGCGAGAACACUGGACAGAAGAGAGCCUCCGAGCCCUUAACGAGAAGCUUGACCGGUACAUUCUAAGGUUGCGUGGUGUUCCUCCUGAAGAGCUGGCGGUUGAAAAGCAGCGCAUCCUGGCAUCACAGGAAACGGUCGAAGAGCUACGCAAUCAUGUACAUAUGCUCGCAGAGACGGUGUCCCAGUUAAAAGCACUUAGAUUUGAGUAUCUGACAAAGGAGCAAUUACGCAAGCUCUUGGUUGUUAGGGAUACGUCACUUCAAGCGGAGAAUAAGAUCCUAAAGACCCAACUGCGGGAAGCCCUUCUACGGAUUUCUCAAUUAGAGGCAGAAGAAUCGAAGUACAAGGUGCUCCAGAGUAGGGUGGGCCUUUCCUCAACUAACUUUCUCUUCCCAGACCAGACCGAUGCCACGGGCAACCUGGUGUCGGACUCUGAGCUUCGCACAGAAACAGAAAGUCUUACAUUAAAGACCAUACAGAGUAGUGCCGGAAGCAGCCUAGAUGGUGCUGUUCAUUAA